GUGCAAACGCUGGUUACAAAUAUCGGUUGCCCAAUAUCUGGUGUGUCAUGGGUUAAUUUUCGCAGAAUGAAGCUUUAUUUUUGUAAAACCAACUUCUUUAACGGCGAUAGUAAAGCGCUAAAACCUGCACACUAAUAUAUAAUUUGUUAUUGUACCGAGCUUAAUUCCGUAAUAGUUUUUCUGACUGGUGCAUAACUUCGUAUGUGAAAAUUCGGUUAAAACUAUUUUAACGUUACUGAGCAUCUGGUGACGGUUUCUUGACGUCAUGUUCCCUGCCGAGCCUCAUGAUGCGAAACCAUGGCAACCGUAAAAUGGGAAAGCCGUACUAGUUUGUGAUUGGUUACCACCAUUCGCAAUUUCUUUUCAUUAUCAUAUCGUAGCGGAUUCCUUUCCAGCGACUGUGGGCCUUUUUGCUGUGCUGUUACCACUGGCGGAGAAAGAAAAACUUGGUUUGUACGCAAAGGAUAACCGUGGAUCUUAUUUUGUGAGGAUUUUUUGGUAAGGAAGUGGCUGCCAGUGGUGACUUCGAGUGGUGUUCAUAGGAGGAACCAGUUAAGCAGUGUGUGAGGGGAAGCCGCUCUAAAGGAGCCCAGAGCCGCGGACUGCUGCCGCCGCCAUGGGGUGUGCUAUGAGUGCCGAGGAGCGGGCAGCGAUGGCCCGUAGUAGACAAAUAGAAAAAAAUCUUAAAGAAGAUGGAAUGCAAGCUGCUAAGGAUAUAAAAUUACUGCUUUUAGGUGCUGGAGAAUCGGGGAAGAGCACGAUCGUAAAACAAAUGAAAAUUAUACAUGACAGUGGUUUUACCCAGGAAGAUUUUCGACAGUAUAAACCUGUUGUGUACAGUAACACUAUCCAGUCGAUUGUAGCAAUCCUCCGUGCCAUGCCUAAUCUCGGAAUAAGCUUCGGGAACAACGAGAGAGAGGCCGACGCAAAGCUAGUUUUUGACGUAGUAGCCCGGAUGGAAGACACAGAGCCGUUUUCUGAUGAGCUUCUUGGUGCCAUGAAGAGGUUAUGGCCGGACUCCGGAGUUCAGGAAUGUUUCUUUCGUUCAAAUGAAUACCAGCUAAAUGAUAGCGCGAAAUAUUUUCUAGACGAUUUAGAACGACUCGGUAAAAAAGAUUACAUGCCUACAGAGCAAGAUAUCCUGAGAACGAGAGUUAAAACUACGGGCAUCGUAGAAGUUCACUUCUCAUUUAAAAACUUAAAUUUCAAGUUAUUUGACGUAGGAGGUCAAAGGUCAGAGAGAAAGAAAUGGAUUCAUUGUUUUGAAGAUGUCACAGCUAUUAUAUUUUGUGUUGCUAUGAGUGAGUACGACCAGGUCCUUCACGAGGAUGAGACUACGAACCGUAUGCAGGAGAGCUUGAAACUCUUUGAUUCUAUCUGUAACAACAAGUGGUUCACAGAUACUUCAAUUAUUCUGUUCCUCAACAAGAAGGAUCUAUUUGAAGAGAAGAUAAAGAAAUCUUCUCUCACCAUAUGCUUUCCAGAAUACACGGGAGCUCAAGAAUACGGCGAAGCAGCAGCCUACAUUCAAGCACAGUUUGAAGCCAAAAACAAGUCCACAACCAAAGAGAUCUACUGCCACAUGACGUGUGCCACGGACACAACAAAUAUCCAGUUUGUAUUUGACGCUGUAACGGACGUGAUUAUAGCAAACAACCUACGAGGUUGUGGGUUGUAUUAAAGCUAUGCAGUGUGGCUGGCUGCAUAGAAACUUACACCGACUAGACGAGAAGCAGGCCCUCACCCCCCAGAUGGAGCAGCCGCAGAAUUAAUCUACUGUCUUGUUGCUGGGUUCGAGCCUAGGAAGCACGCUUGCUCCACUCUAUAUAACACUUGUACCCUCACCUUCUGUUUUAAUGUACUAUCACCUGUAAUUUAUCCUUGUCGGUUUGUACAGUGCAUGUUGAAUCGUUUUACUGGUGAAUGAUGCUUAUAUAAUAGAGAAAACAUGAAACUGGUAACAAAUGUGCGAUUUUAGGCACAAUUGCAUUGUAGAAGCUUGUAGAGUUUUUAUUUAAUAACACACAGCAAAAGUAUGAUAAACAAAAAGGUUCCACUUCAGACUUAGAGCCCCAAGUUUGAAGUGCGUCUUUUUUUGUACACAAAGCUAACAUGUAAACGUGCUAUGCUGGUAGUAAUCUUUAUUAUACUCUUACGGUGUGAAACAGUCAAUAAUGUCACGUGUUUUACGUCUGUUUGGUACAUAGGUGCCAACUCGGCUAUGCACUAAAGAUCCAGCCUAAUAGAGACUAACCAUCGGUAGUAACUUUUGAGUUUUACAGACCUCAAGUCUGUGUAGAGUCAGGGAGAGAGGUACGGGCCUGCAGAAAUUGAAAAUGUGGUCUUUAGUGUUAUCAGAUACUUAUUUGUUGGUAACAGAUGAUAAAAUAUUUAAGUCAAAACGACCCAAACCUUGAAAGGAAAAGAAACUCUUAGUAGUAAAAUCUUGCAUUGCAUGGAGCAUUGGGGAAGUUCGUAUAUAUUUAGUAAAGUCAUUGCUGUUGUUUGGAUAUGAUGUCUAAUAUUUAUUUUCCACGUACACUUGCUUUUUCUAUCUUUCUCACUCCAAACUUCUCUUGCCUCGUGAAAUUCUGUUGUUUCGAUAUCAUUUUUCGUACACUGUUGAUUCAGUGAACCUUAAACACGAUAAUUUGAUUUGAUUCAUAUGCACCGUAACUGAAAACUCAUUCCAGAAAGAAUUUUGAAAGAUUCGAGUAUUAUAGAAGGAUGGGGAGGUUCUGGGACCACGGCGCUUGUGACAACAAGCUAGCUGUCAUAUAAAGCAAACAUGGCCACAAAGUAGCCUUUAGAUUCUUCUCGUUCUCCUUUUUUGGGUAUGUAGUUUACCGAGUUUGUCUACCAAAGUUCCAGUACUGGUAAUGAUGUCGAACAAUAAGUAUUUAAAUAUUUGCUUAACUGUCUUAAGCAGUAAUGAUCAGUUCUGUGGAUUUGGUCAACACCAUUUUAGCCAUUUUCACUUAGUUAAACAUCCAUUCUCAUUCCUUUACUGUCUAAUCGACAAUUAUCGAACUAAAAGCUGUAUGUGAAUAAGUGUUGAUCCAUGUGUAGGUUGUAUGUCAAAACGUGUUCAAACGAGGCAACCAGUUAGGGCCACUAAAUGUGGGUAUGUUAAUUAGUCAGUGUGAUUGAGUACACGUUUCGGUAAGGAAAUGUACCCAAUAAUCAUGACUGGAUGAAAUUUGCCUCCAUAAUUAGCUAUCAUCUGUUGCACUUAAACACGUGAUUCUUAUAUCCUGUUACCUUGUAUGUAGAUAGUUGUACCUAACAGAGUCAACUUAGCAGUGUAACCGAUGACACAACUUGGUGCUUUCUACUGUGCCAGAUCUAGCUUAUAUAUACUUAGCUUUAUAACAACGUUUCCUUAAUCGAUUUUGCCUCUAUUCACUUAGGUCUGUGAUUUUUAGCUUAAACUAAUUUUCAUGUACAUGAAUUCAUCGAUUAAUGUUGGGACCUGAAGAAUAUGUCGAGCAGAACUUUGGGUGUAUAAUAUGGCAAAGCUUGAGGCCAGCAUUGUAAUUGCCGGUAAAAAGCUUUGCCUUGCAUUAUCUGUACUGUCAAUUAAAAGUUUCUAACCAACAAAUUGGAGCCAACUGUUUCAGUCAGUGAACACAGUAUGUAGUUAAAAUAAUAUUUUACACAACUGUAUACAGCUUCAUUCUUCUUCCUAACAUUAUUUCAAGAAUGAAAACAAAUAAUCGCUAAUAUGCAAUUAAAGAGUAUAAAUUAAAAUGUACAUACAAGCACUACUUUUAACAGAUUUUUACAACCGAAGUGGAAUAUGACUCCUUUCGAUAGUUUUCUUUGUUCUGGACUCAAGUAAACUAACGAGAGAUGAUAUAGUUCGAAACAGCCAUCAUCACCCGUUGUAUUGGAUUUGUUACUGAAUCACGUUUCGGAUUACAAGUAAAAGGAAACACUUGUACUUAAAUAACUGGAAAGCUACAUGGAUAUCCCCUACACAAAAUAUGAAAAUUAUUAUUUUGUUGAAAAAUUAUAAAACAUUUUUCUGAUUAACCUGUAUUGGAUUGGUCAAAAUGUAAGUGUAUGCAUAGGCGUAUGCACAUCUGUAUUUAAGUUAUUUUAAAAAAGGCACAUUUUAUAGUCCCUCAGAAAAACGCGCAUUUUUAAAUGUCUUCAACAGGAAAGAUAUGCCUCUCUCCCACAAUACACAUUUAUUAACCCAAUUUCCAAAGCGUUCUCUACUGAAAAAAGUUUUUGUCUUUUUUAAGGCAUAGAAAACAAACAUAUCCUUUAUAUACUUAAGGAAAAAAUCAGUGGAAUUUGUUAUAGUUACUUACUUUAAAUAUCUGAAAAUAAUUUGAUUCUAAUACUUUUAAGAAUACUGAAAUUUAAAUUAAAGUACAACAACUGAAUGAACGAGAUUACUUUAUUUAUAAAUAUAUUUUGCAAAAAAAAAAAAAAAGAGUUAAUACCAUCACCAACAACCCAUCGCCUCACUGCCACACACAAACACAUGCGCUUGUAAUUGUAGACUUAUAAUAUUUCAGUCCCCCGAUGGGUCAGCGAUAAAUUUACGGAUUUGUAACGUUGAAAUCCGCCGUUCAAUUCCCCAUAAUGUACAGCUUUGCGUAGUUUUGCGAUAAAAAAUAAUAUUUUGUUACUUUCUGCGCCUAUGAGUAUAUAAAAAUAUUUGCGUUCACAUUGAGAUAAUAUAGCAAAAAGACUCCUUAUAUAUAAUGUCUAGAAUAUUCUUCUAAAUAUUUUAUAAAAUAGGAAAUAACCCGUACGUAUUUGAUAUUGGAAAAACGACAUACUCAAUGUGAAUUUUUAUAGGUUUAAAAGAAAUCGUAAACAAAUCUUAAGUUCUUGAAAAUGAUCGGAAUUUUUUAGUAACUGAUGAAUUUUACCAACAACCAUGAAUUAUACCUCAUGGGACAUUUAUCAAUAAAAAGUACAUGUGAGUGAAGUAUUACUACAAAAUUAUUACAUAACAACAACCACAAUAUUUAGGUAAAAUAUGAUAAAGAAUAUAUUUCUGCAGGUUGGGGAUUAUGUAUAUCCGAAUAAUCUCUCUUAUUUUCAGUAAUGAUCUUAAGUAUAGGAAGUGUUUUGAAUCAUGGAAACAACACAGAAUGUUUUAACUGUUCAACUAACACUCUCAGGCUCAACAUGAAUUAGCUGCUUAAAAAGCAGUAUUGUAGGAUGUGUUUGGAACGCAAAAAGGAUUUAAUUCCAUUUCUUAUCGGGCAAUGUAGCAUAUUGAUGUAACGUUAGCUUAAACCAAAUAUUUAGACUUAUAAAGGUCAGAUUAAGGUAUUUGCUCAAAAUAUAGUACAACCCAAUACAGUCUGAAUUAUUGUAUUUAUUUGAGUUUGUUUGAAUUAACCCGAAGCAGCUACAAUUCAGAAAUAAGAGUUCUUUUCAUAGCCCGUAACAUGCAAUCAGUUAGGUAUGAGCAAAACAAAUUUUGGGGACGUGUUCAUUUUCACCAUUUCAUGCGACUGAAAAUGGUUUUACAAAUUUAAUAAUACCUAAUUCGAAACAAGAUAUACAUUUUGUUGUUUAAAAUACUGUAACGUAUUGGAUGCUUAUAAUAUUGCAAUAAAUAGCUUUUUCUUGAAUAUAA